AUGAGUACCUUCAAACUGAGCGACUACGACUGCAUCGGCUUCGACCUAGACCACACACUCCUCUGGUACAACGUAACCAACAUGGUAGAAAUGGAGUACCAAGUUCUCACCAAGUACCUGGUGACCAAAAAGAACUACAACCCGGAUUUUUUACAAAAACCACUGACACCAAAGGACAUAGAUUUCAUGCAAAAAGGACUAGUCCUAGAUUUCGACCGCGGGAACAUCCUGAAGCCCGACUCUAAAGGAAUAAUCCAACACGUGAAUCACGGAUCAACUUCACUCUCAUUAGCCCAAAUAAACUCUAUCUACCCGAACCAACGUUGGGAGUCUCUCGAUGCGUUUAUCAACAACCCCCUGGAUGUCUGGGAAGGACCUCACUCCAAGAAGAUGAGAGCUCUGAUGGAUUACUACGACAUGCCUGCUUCUCUGGCGUUUGCAAGAGCUGUUGACGAUAUAGACAGCAGAAAUGGGGGGAAAGUAGAAAAGUACGAAGCUUGGAACGAUGUUACUGAAGCUUUGACGAACAUGUACGAGAGAGGACAGUUUAAAAAAAAUCUCGGAGAGUAUUUCGUUAAUUUGAAGACUAACCCGGAUAAAUAUUUAAGGAAAUGCAGCCAAGAAAUCGUGAGCUGGCUGAAGGAGUUGAAAAAAACCAGAGUUACUUUUCUGGUGACUGGAUCUAAUUUAGACUUUGCUGAUUUUACUGCCACGCACACGAUUGGCGAGGAUUGGAGGUCUUUGUUUGAUGUUGUGGUAUGUUUUGCGAAAAAGCCGGGAUUUUUUACCGGCUCAAGACCAUUUUUAGCUUUAGAAGGGUAUGAAGAAGCCCAGGAGGUAAAAGGCGAUGAGUUAACUCGGGGAAUUUAUUCCCAAGGAAAUUGGAAGGAAUUAAAGAGCUUGUUUGGUAAAAUUACCGGAAAAUCAGAGCCUAAGUGCUUGUACUUGGGAGAUAAUUUAAUUCAAGAUGUCUUUGUGCCUGCUGGACACGCUGGAUUGGAUACUGUCGUUGUGAGUGAAGAAAUGCAUGCUGAGGGCAUGGAUCAUAUCACUCUUCCUCACCCAGAUGCUGAAACUAUGCUGUCCAAUUAUUGGGGCUCUUAUUUUUCUGUUAAAAUUAAUAAUAAUAAUGGAGAGGAAAAAUAUGAGAAAAGCUACUGGAGUUUUUUGAUUGAAAAUUAUUCCAAGCUCUGUAUUCCUUCUAUUAAACUUAUUGCCCGCAAUCCGUUGGAUAAAAUUUAUGAGAGUUUUGAUAAAAAUGAUUUGACUAGACACGGAUAUUAUCCGGCUAAGCCUAAUGGUCUUUUUUGA